AUGGCGAAAAGUCUCAUUUUGCAGGGUCUCUAUCUGCGGGUUAUUAUCGGUGAUGUGUCGGUGCCUCGUUUGGUAUCCAUAGAUCCGGAAGAAUUAAAGUCGCCUGCACUGUCGUCAGCGAUUGAAAUCCCAGUGUCGCGGAUCAAAGUUGAAGCGACCAGUGAAUUAUCCGCUAGCGCACCAAAAACAGAAACAAAUGCUGCAGCAGCAUCGGGCAGUAGUGCGACGUCAUCAGGAGAUAAAGGUGUCUGCUUUGUGGAAGCUGAAAGUGAGGUGGACAAAAUCCUCGGCGUUGAGCCAGUGAAUACGACAGCAAUGCAUCGGUUUCACUUGUUUGAUCUCAAUUGCGAUAUUUGCACGGGUAAAAAGGAACGGGAAUAUUUGCAAAAGAAAAUCAAAGCGAAGGAAAAAGUGGUCGUAAAAACGAAGCCGAAAGAGGAGCGGACAGUAUCAGAUGUAAGUUCAUCUCGUGCUGCUUUGCUGCCGACGCCAAAAAUAAGUUCAUCUCGUGGCAGUACAUUUUCGGCGCCGGAAGUAUCUUCAAACAGUGGCAGUGCAGUUCCGACACCAACAGCAACAGCACGAGAUGAUGAUUACGAUGACAAUGAUUGUUGGGGCAUGGGACUGCAAAUGGAUGAUGACGACGAACGAAGCUCGCCACAGGAAUCGCGCUGGAGGGCAGAGAAUCGGCACUUUAAAGAAUGUAAGUAA